AUGGCUUCAGAAGCUCGUACGGCACCACGCCAGCUCCUGUCCGAUUCUUCAGGCUUCCAUAACAAUUGUCGCCUGAAUUUGCGAAGGAAAGCACCUCAAGAGAAACUCCUCAGGCCUCUCGAGAAACUGCUUCUGUUCUUCCUCUAUUGGGUCCUCAGUGGGCAUUUGGAUCCGAGCUAUGGUGGGCCUGUUGGGAAAGUAGCCUCCUUGACGGCUGCAUGGUGGGCUGAGGCCACCCAUAUGAUGUUUGUGAUGAUCUUGAUCAGGUCCUGUGGAGUUUUUAACUCGGGCCACCAGGGUUCGUCUUUUUUGUCCGCGUGGCCCACUGUUCGGAUCUCUGUCCACCAUGACUGA